AUGCUAAGGCAGAUUUGCGAAUCCUGUGAAAUUAAUAUUGAAAGCCGAAAUAUAGUCAAUCAUUCAGGUCGUACUACUUCAAUUACACAUUUAUAUCAACUCGGAACACCUAAUUCAACUUUAAUGUCAAUUACUGGGCAUAAAAGUGAAAGCUCUGUUAGAAUUUAUUCGCACCCUUCUGAACAGCAAAAAAAAGAUUGUUUAUCUGCAAUAAUUAAUUCUAGCAUUAAUAAUGUUGAGACGAAUCUUGAUUUUCAAACCCGUACACCGUUAUCAGCUAUUCAAACCAGCACUGUUAAUCAAACCCGCCCUGGUAUUUAUGGUCCAGGAAACCUUCAUCCUAAUGCAUUCAAAAAAAAUCCAACACUUGGGGGCC